GUUACUUAGUCAUCACAACGUUUCAACAUGGCGGCGACCAGAAGAGUGUUUAGCCCCAUAGUGGUUGCUGCCAGAGUUGGUAUAAGACAUUGUUACACCGGAACAAGAAAUAAUUUGGCAAUCAACAAAAACACAAAAGUCAUAUGUCAAGGAUUUACAGGGAAACAGGGUACUUUUCACAGUCAGCAAGCUAUAGAAUAUGGGACACAAAUGGUUGGUGGUGUGUCACCUGGUAAAGGAGGCCAAACCCAUCUAGGUUUACCAGUGUUUAACACAACAAAAGAGGCAAUGGAAGCAACAAAUGCGGAUGCGACAGUUGUGUAUGUACCUCCUAGAAUGGCUGGUCAGGCCCUGGUGGAGGCUAUAGAUGCUGAGGUACCUUUAAUCGUCUGUAUUACAGAGGGAAUCCCACAACAGGACAUGGUCCGAGUAAAACACAAGCUCCUACGCCAAAAUAAAUCUAGACUCAUUGGUCCUAACUGUCCCGGAAUCAUUAAACCUGGCGAGUGUAAAAUUGGAAUCAUGCCAGGUCACAUUCAUCAAAAAGGAAGAAUAGGUAUUGUGUCACGUUCGGGGACUCUAACAUAUGAGGCCGUGCACCAGACAACACAAGCUGGACUCGGACAAACUCUAUGUGUGGGUAUUGGUGGUGAUCCAUUCAAUGGCACAAAUUUCAUUGACUGCCUUCAGGUCUUCCUUAACUGUCCAGACACAGAAGGUAUUGUGCUGAUUGGUGAGAUUGGUGGUCAGGCAGAAGAAAAGGCAGCUGAAUAUCUGAAAAACUUUAACACUGGACCUAAUGCGAAGCCAGUUGUAUCCUUUAUUGCUGGUUUGACCGCCCCACCAGGACGUCGUAUGGGCCAUGCUGGGGCUAUCAUUGCCGGAGGUAAGGGUGGUGCAGAGGAGAAAAUAGAGUCCCUAAAAUCUGCAGGUGUUCACGUCAGCAUGUCUCCAGCUCAACUAGGCACCACAAUGCUUCAGGCUAUGAAAAAAAAACAGUAAUUAGUUGUAAGUCUUUGGCAAUGGGACUGACCGAGGAAUCCUAGUGUACAGAGGUGCCAAUGAUACAAUUAGACAGAAAAUUAGCAAUGGUUUGAUUGUCAGUUUUGUAAAUUUUAUUUUAAAUUUAUCCUGUGAGGAAGUUUCAAAUGACUAAGGACACCGGCCUGUGAUGUACCUGUUCCUGAUUGGUUUGAUUGUGUGACAGGUAAAUUUGCCACUAAUAUUGAAAACAGUCGACAUGUGACGUUGAUAUAUAUGCUAUUAAAGUUAUCCAGAUGAAAAA